UGACCGCCAUCCACAUUAUUCUGGUGGCUUUCGGAAUUGUGGGUAACAUCACUGUGUUUAGAGUCACUGGAAAGAGUGUGAUGGUGGAGCGCAGCACGAGACAUCACUCGGACAUUAUUAUCGUUAAUUUGGCCGUGUCCAACCUCAUGGUUUUACUUUUGAGGAACGUGUUGCUUAUCUUUUCGGACCUGGGCUUCAAGCUGUACUCCUCCAAAGGCUGGUGUCAGUUCCUGAUGGGAGUCUGGGUCUGGUUGCGGUCGGUCAACGUGUGGUCAACGUUCUUCCUCAGCGCGUUCCACCUCUACACUCUGAAGCGCGUGGCUCCGACUAUUGGUCACCUCCAGGGGCCGUGGAGCACCUAUAGGACCCUGCUGCUGAGCCUGGCCAUCAUGUGGAUUUUAAACCUUCUUUACUCCAUUCCUGCUCACAUUUUCUCCACCAGUGGCAAUGAAAACACCACAGAGACUCUCAUGUUGGUGAGCAGCACAACGCGCCCCCUGCUGGGCUGUGUGUGGAACUUUCCGUCAAACUACUCCGGCCUGGCCUACGCCACCACAUCCAUGGCGAUCCAUGAAAUAUUCCCAAUCAUCUUGAUGGCGGUCACCAACAUGACGUCUCUCUACACUCUCUACACCCACGGCCGGUCGAGGAGCUCUGUUCAGGACGCACCUGUUUUAAAACGAGUGCCAGCAGAGAGGCGAGCCGCCAAGGUGAUUCUUGCUCUUGUCUUGCUUUUCAUCGUAUCUUGGGGAACCAGCAUCAUCUCCCUCAACUAUUUCAACUACAACCGAGGCUCCUCAGCUGAGUUUCUGCUGGUCAUCGCUCGCUUCGCAAACAUAAUCUUCAUCGCCAUGUCGCCGGUUGGUCUGGCAAUCGGCCACCGCCGGCUUCGUUCGUGCAUGAAGUCUUCUGUCUCUGACUGACAUUUUCUGGGUGAAGAGCAACAUGUGGUCCUUUAGGCCACAAAACACUCCCAGUAAAUCCUCCAUCCACCUGU